GUCGGAGGUCACUUGGGUAGCGAUGUCUGGCGAUGGCGGUGGCGGCGGUGGUGGGGACGAGAGGCCGCUCCUCGGAGCCAACUGCGACCUCAAUGAUGUCCAGGCCUUGUUGGAGGAGACGGACAGGAGGCGAUGGCGCUCAAUCCGGGUCAUGUAUCUCACCAUGUUCCUGAGCAGUGUUUUUCUAUAGUCAUGUCCUCAAUCUGGCCAUUCCUUCAAAAGGUGGACCCCUCCAGCAGCCCCACAUUCCUGGGUUGGGUGUUGGCAUCAUACAGCCUUGCCCAGCUGUUUGCCUGCCCUGCCCUGGGGGCAUGGGCCAACGCCAGGGGCAGCUCAAUGCCCCUUCUCACCUCCAUGCUGCUGGGCACUGCUGGUCAUGUCAUGUACAUGUAUGCCCACGCCGUGCACUCGAGGGGACGCUUCCUUGUGCUGGCGGCACGCAUUUUUCUCGGUCUGGGAGCUGGUAAUGUGGCUGUGGUGCGUGCAUUUGCGUCGGCGGCCACCAAUAUGGAGGAGCGCACGCCUGUUAUGGCCAACCUUAGCGCCUGCCAGGCACUGGGGUUCAUACUCGGCCCAGUGCUGCAGACGGUGCUGACGUGGGUGGGCGAGGAGGGGGUAUCGUGGCCCCCACUUGCCUUGCAGCUCAACAUGUAUACGGCGCCUGCGCUGCUUGGAGCCGCACUCACCCUCGCCAACGCCAUCCUCGUCACCUGCGCUUUCUGGGAACAAAAAUUUAAAACAGACAACAGCUCCGCUGAUUCGGAUACGCCGAUGAGCUUAAACCUGUUAGCCGUGAUCACUUCCAACAUUCUAUUUUUUGUCACCCUCUUCAUCUUCACGGUAUUUGAGACAAUUGCUACACCCCUCAGCAUGCACAUGUUCGCAUGGUCCCGUGGUCAGGCCGUGCUCUACGAUGGUCUCCUCCUGGCUGGCCUGGGACUGCAGGCCAUCGGGGUCUUCAUGGCUGCUAAGCCCCUCACCCCACGGCUAGGCGAGCGGUUGUUGUUGGUGGUUGGGUUGGUGCUCGUUCUCGCCGGAUAUGUUGUGCUACUUCCCUGGGGUCAUCAACUUCCUCCCCUCGCCUGGCAGACCAUUGAUAACAUCACAGAGUCACCUUCCUCAACAACAGCCUCCCUGACUGGUCUAUCCACUAUCGCCCCAAGCGUUCAGAUGUUGAAAUCAGAUGAUGGAAGUGGUCAGGGCUGUCCCUUCAUCUCCCAGCCCUGGUGUCUGCACGUCCCCGUCAUCAGAUUAGCCCAGUUCAUCUGCGGCCUUGUGCUGAUUGGGGCUGGGUACCCAUUGUGCACCCUCACCACCUACUCGCUCUACUCUAAGAUUCUAGGAGACAGACCACAGGGUGUAUUCAUGGGCUGGCUGACCGCAAGCGGGAGUUUGGCACGUGUGCUCGGCCCCAUGUUCGUGGCCCAAGCCUACGUGAGAGCUGGGCCCCGCAUUGCCUUCGGCUCCGUGGCGGCUGUUGUGGCAGCGGCGCUGGGCCUCCUCCUCGCCACGUACCCCCACCUCCGGCCGUUGACGCCAGCGGUCAUGAGCCCGGAGCACAACGAGCCACUCAGCCACUCUCCAGAAUCCACAAUAAUGGCUGACCCUUCUGACUGUGAUCAAAGGUUGCCGCUUUUAGAUUAAACAUCAGCUGCCUCAGCCCUAGUGUAAGUUGCAACCCAGUCCAAGAGAUCAAUUUUAAGCUUUGCUAAUGAGUUAACAGAUUUGAAAAUUAUGUCAGGAACAUCUCUUCUAGAUUUGAAGCUUUCGUGACUGCAAGGAUUCAUAUUCUUAGGUUUUUUUCGGUAAAGUCACGUAGGUAAAACAUUAAAAUUAAUAAAAGUAAAAUAAAAUAAAAAUCACGACGUUUCCGAG